AACUUAAAAAUGUCUGGUCACCCUAAUAUAGCUGCGACACCUUGCAUGGUCAGUUAACCAUCAUACUGGGUGUAAAACAUGUGAAUGUUCAAAAACCAUACAUACAGUGCCUCCUACUCAAAAAAAAAAUGGACCUAUGAGACAGCCGAGCUUAGCGCGCGUCACGGACCUAAUUAUUCUAUUUGUCAUGUGACGGACAUUGUUAAUAAAGUUCUAGAUUGAAAAUGACGGUCACGUGAAACAAUAAACAUGGCGGCUUAACCGAGGCUUGCAUAGUAUAAUUUGAACUCUGUAGUACUCAAAUAAGUAUAAAAUCAGCGAAAAAAUAGUUAAGGGGAUUGGUGACCAGAGUGCCUAAUCGAUCAGUUACUCUAAAGCGAUUUCUUAAGGCGUUCGACAUUACGCAGAAAUAACGUCUGUGUUUGUAAGUGGUUAGAAUAAAUAUACCCCAACGAUAUUGACUGAAGGCAGAAUGUAUUCAGUUCUAUACGUCGGUUAUCUUCCAUAACCAUUAUUCACAAUACAGUUACUUACACCUUGUGUUGUCUUUCUCGUUUUACUGGUGAUUAUUGUUACUUUAUUAAAUUACACGAUUUAUCCACUUUUGAAAUCGUGCUUCCUGCAGUAGUUAUUCUUAACAGCGACAAUGCAGCUAUCCAAGGCGUGGUGUUUAUUUUGUUGAGACGUUUAAGUGCAGUUUGUACAUAUUAAAAUAUGGCAUACUCAAAAUCUUUAAUUCAGAUUGUAAACCUUGGACGAAUUUCUUACGGACAUGCCUUGCAAGUUCAGCAGAAAUACAUUCGUCACCACUUGGAUAACUUGAAUGUACAAAAUCGCCCAAUAAUAAACACGCUGAUUUUAUGUGAACAUCCUCCAGUUUACACCAUUGGUAUCAGAAAUGCCCCUUACCCAAUAGAAGAGGAAGAACGACUGAAAAGUUUUGGGGCCGAGUUUUUCCGUACAAAUAGAGGUGGACUUAUAACGUUUCAUGGCCCGGGACAGUUAGUUUGCUAUCCUAUUCUGAAUCUCGCCUGCUUCAAGAAGAGCAUCCGUUGGUAUGUUUGUCAGCUGGAAAAGACUUUGAUAAACCUGUGUGGCACGUUUGGGCUGAAGGCUUCUACCUCAUCUGAUACCGGCGUGUGGGUUGACAAUAAGAAAAUAUGUGCAAUUGGUAUCCACUGUGGCAGAUAUAUUACUUCACAUGGUUUGGCAUUGAACUGUAACACGGAUAUGACGUGGUUUAAGCACAUUGUACCAUGUGGAAUUGUUAAUAAAGGAGUCACCUCAUUGUCCCAGGAACUGAAGAGAGACGUUACUGUCAUAGAAGCCAUACCACCAUUUCUUGAUGCUUUUCUGGAGGAGUUUAACUGUACUUUAUCUUUUUCAGAGGAAGUAAAAUUGAAAGGAUUGGAAGAGCCAACCAAAAGAAUUAACAAUCAGUAAUCAUCGCUUGAUAAUUUUACAGUGCCUUGCAGCAUCACCUAAUGGUUAAAAGGAAUAAAGGAAUUUGUGUCAAGAAUAUUGUUCAGUUAUAUACAACAAGUGAAUUGCAGUAGAUAAGUGUAUCCUUAAAAUGUACAAUAGGGAUUUUCAUUGGUAAACAUAACUUUCCAUAAAGUAUACCAUAAGCAAUAGUUGCUUAUUGUUAUACCUUGCAAACCUAUAAAUGAUGUACAGUUUAAACCAAAAAGAUACUAAAAUGUUCAUUACUCAUAUCAACUGAUACACUUUAUUCCAUAAAGUUUUCACUUAAUAUUUGUUAUUCCAGCCUUGUUCAGGUCAGACACCAACUCCUUGUGAACCUGUGCUGGACUAAGAGGGUUUGAAAAUAUGAUAUUGUUUUUUUUUUGUUUCCCAUAUAUGUGCACAAAGCAAUGAAACAGAGUACAUGUUUCUUUUUUAAAUUAAUACUGUUUUAACCUUCUGUUUUACUACUUCAUAUACCACCAUAUACAGCAUUCAUAUACAUAAAAUUUUAAUACCAUGUACAGUUUAUGCAUACAGCAUCAAACAUUUCAUGCUGUUAGUUUUAGGGUGUGAAAACGUAAAGAAGUUUUAUCUGGAAGGUUGCUGGUUCAAAUCCUAUCCCGUUACUGCCAGAAGGGAUCCUGUUCCAUUAGGCCCUGGAGCAAGGCCCUUAACCUGAAAAUUCACAUUACUGAGAAUAUAGAAAAUUAAAUUAAUUAAUGUACGGUUCACUCAUAAUGUUUAUGAUUUUUGUUUUUCACUGAUUAUAGUAUACAUCUGCUCAAUUUGUGCAAAUAAGAGUCAAUUAUGAAAUAAUAUGAAAGUAUACCUUUGAUUUAAAUGAUUGUAUUUUCUUGAAGUGUUUGUCUUAACCAUACUUUCCUAUGGUAUCUAUCUACAACAGAGUAGUGUUUUUGCUUAUGAUAUUUUAUUUAAUUGAUUAUUUUAUGUGAUUGUUAAAAUAAACCUCCAAUUUUUCUUUUUCAUUUGUUGUCUUUUAGGUGAAUGCAGCUAAAACGUUAAAAUUAACAGAACAUGUCUUACUGCAUAUUUAGUUGAUGACUUUCCUUUAAAACAGGGUUGACAAACUCAGGGCUUGGAGGGCAUUAGUGGCUGCAGGUUUUUGUUCCAGCCACUAUCUUAAUUAGGAAUGAGUUAUUACUUCUGCCAAUUUAACAUACAUUUGCCAUAAUUGUAACUAUAAUUGACUUACUUAAUUGUUUUAUUUGCACCUUAACCAGCAACCAAAAAAUAUAAAGAGAUUUAAAACAAGCCAAUGGAUAACCAGCUACUCAGGGGUCUCAAAGAGUCCUGGAGUCAAAUUUACUAAAUGCCGAUUUCUGGUCUUUUUUUGUGUGCGCAGAAGUUUUAUAAAUCUGACCUCAGGACUGUUUGAAUCCACUGCGUUAGCUGGUCAUCAUUUGGCUUGUUUCAGAUCUCUUUAAAUUUCCAUGCAGAAGUUGGAUUUAUUAAAAAAAAAAAAAAAUGAAGGGAAAACGUACAUAUAGUUAUGGCAACUGUGACCUGUCAAUGCGCAACAUUUCAUGUUAACUGGGAAAUGACGACAACCUUGAACAAGUAUGUAAAUGCAGCCAAACCAACUAAAUGAUAACUUGUGUAUAGUAAUUCAUAUCACUAAACCAUUGGUACAAUGUGCAUUGAAGUGACAACCAUAAUAAACCUUAAAGGU